AUGGAUCUCAGCAGUGACUACCAUUUCCUCAAUCAGAUUUUGUGGAGAAGGGUAAAACUCACAUUGGUUUGUGGCGUCUUCGAGGGUGUGCUCCAGCAUGUGGACCCUAACAAGAUUGUUGUCCUAAAAAAAGUGAAGAAUGUACAGACGGGUCGAAGUGUCCCAGGAGUGAAGAUGUUUUUCGGGCAUGAGAUUGUGAAUGUGGAACUACUGGAUGAAGUGGAGCAAGGUGCAGCAAGAGAAAAGGCAUCUUCUGUUAGUCUAAAUACAGAAAGAAUCAGGAUGGAUAAAAUGAAAGAUGAAAACCUAAAUGUAUGUGAGCCUACUUCUCCUGACCCUGAGGCACCAACCAACUCCCUGCUGAAUGAUCUCAAGUACAGCCCAUCAGAAGAAGAGGAGGUGACAUACAUAGUCAUUGAUCAGUUCCAGCAGAAGUUUGGUGCUGCUAUGUUCCACAUCAAGAAGCAGAGUGUCCUCAGUGUGGCAGCAGAAGGAGCUAAUGUGUGUCGUCAUGGGAAACUGUGUUGGCUUCAGGUGGCCACAAAUAGCCGAGUUUACUUAUUUGACAUUUUCCUUCUGGGAAGUCGUGCUUUCAACAAUGGACUUCAGAUGAUAUUAGAAGACAAGAGAAUUUUGAAGGUUAUUCAUGAUUGUCGUUGGCUUUCUGAUUGCCUCUCUCACCAGUAUGGAAUUGUGCUGAAUAAUGUCUUUGACACACAGGUAGCAGAUGUCCUUCAAUUUUCCAUGGAAACAGGUGGCUUUCUUCCAAACUGCAUCAGCACUUUGCAGGAAAGUUUAAUCAGACACCUUAAAGUAGCCCCUAAAUAUCUCUCCUUUCUAGAGGAGAGACAAAAACUAAUUCAGGAAAAUCCAGAAGUAUGGUUCACACGACCCCUUUUACCCUCUUUACUGAAAAUUUUGGCCCUGGAAGCUACCUAUCUUCUACCCCUUCGCUUGAUACUCAUGGAUGAGAUGAUGUCUGACCUAACCACCCUGGUGGACAGGUACCUAAGUACCUAUCGAGAAGGGUCUGCAGACCGGCUUGGAGGCAUAGAGCCUACAUGUAUGGAGCUGCCAGAGGAACUGCUUCAACUCAAGGACUUUCAGAAGCAGCGCAGAGAGAGAGCUGUAAAAGAAUAUAGGGUGAAUGCACAGGGCCUCCUAAUAAGGACAGUGCUACAUCCAAAGAAAUUAUUGACAGAGACAGCAGGAAAAGAGGAAAAUAUCAAAGGUUUCUUAUUUUGUAAAGAUUCGCAGACAAAUAAAUCUCCAAGUUUUAUUAAUAUAUCUCCUGAAUCUCAUGAGGAUGUGAAUUUUCUGAAAGAAGAAUCUAAGAGUAAAGAAACUACAAAAGCUCAACUUCUGCCUCCCAUAAAGGAUGGGGAAGCCAGUGAGGAUUCCAGUAAUAAACUCAUUUGCCUGGAGUCAAAGAGGUCAGAGGACCAGAAAAUAACUCAAAAAGAACACUUUACAAUACCCAAACAUGAGUUUCAGGCAAAUUUAACUUUGAAAGAGGAGAUAGAACAGUUAUUGAUGGUGGAAAACAAGGAAGAUUUAAAAUGCACAAAACAAGAUGUCUCAGCGUCUCCUUCUCUUCAGGAAACCAGAGUAUCUCCAAGUGCCGUAUUUCAUCCUGUAAGAAGAGCUGUGCUUUCCACACUGCCUCCCUGUCCAGCUUUGGAGAAGACAGAUCCCUGGAUAAAUCCUUCUCUAAAUCUGCCUUAGAGAUUUGCAAUUUGUUCUUAAGGCCAUAAAAGUGGCCCAUUUCCCCUGCCAUCAGGACCUUCCACAGUGUUUAAGUUCCUCAUGUUGUAAAUUUUGUAAUGUUCAGUCACAGGCUUCGGGGAAAAUUACAUCUUCUUGCUUACUCCUACAUGCCUGGUAUUUGGAUUAGAGUGGAAAUGAACAAGUUAAAUAAUGGAAGAAGUAAAAUUUCUGAUUAUGUCACUGUGCAAUAAUGUUCCCAGUGGCUGGAGUGAAUUAUUUAUCAUAAUUUGGGUUCCUCUGAUUUGAAGAAAGGAAAAUUCUUGGGCUUAGUAUCAGGAAGAAUCUAUAAUUCUUAAAUUUUUGUUUUUUGUUUUUGGGUUUCAGAUUGGUUUGAAGGGAGUUGGUAAAACUAUUAGUAAUGAGUUUUUAAAAAAAUUGGUACCUGAGAAGUUUACCAGUACUUUUUUCUGUUUUAAAAUAUUGGCUUUAUGUUUGAAUUUUGAAUGUUCUAUCUCAUGUCAUAGACAAACGUUAGUUAAUGUUAUUAUAGGAAUCAAUACCUUAGUUUUAAUUUCUUUUUAUUUCAUUUACUUUUAGAAGGUUUUGUCCAUUUUCCUAACAAAGCAGGGACUCUGAGCUUCUUUUUAUUAUUAUGUCUGUUAUGUAAACUUGAAGUUUGACUCUGUUCUCUUUGCUUGGAAUGGAUGUACUUAUGGUGAAAGAAAGGCAGCUUGUACUGAGCCUUUUUUAUGUUAAAUACUUACAAGCUGCUAACAUUCUUUU